AUGUUCCAUAGCCCUUUUGCUCCCGCAGCGCCUGAUGAUCGACUGCGUGAGCUCGAUGACCCGCGAGCGCUCUCCCACGUGAGCGAGCGGAUGGCCUCACAGUAUCAGGAGCCAUUCAUUCAUGAUCUUGAAAGAGCAGCUGGUGCCACCGAGCAAGAUGACCCAAACUACUACUCGCGAUCGCCACGGUCUCUUAUUACAAUCUCGGACGUUCAGACAUUCAUAACUGGUACCGGAUCAUCAAUCUACGCCUCGCUCGCACCUUUGCUCGAGUCGACCGAACAUGAACUCAUCCUUGUGACGUGCUUCUGGGCGUCUUCUGUCACCCGUGACACACUCAAUGCUAUGCUUCGCAAGCUAUCUGAUAAAGCCGUACGUCGAGGAACGAAGAAAAUACGCGUUCGUUUGUGUUUCUCAUCGUCUUCCAUCUUUCAAAAGCUGUUCCAUAAGCAGUCUGCUGCUGGGCAAACAUAUCCCUCUACUGAAUGGGUAAAGAAAUUUGGGCUACCUGACCCAACGGACCUUGGCGGACUGGACCUUAAGAUCAAGAGCGUGUUCAUCUUACCAUUUAGCGUAAUGCAUCCAAAGUUUAUUAUCGUGGAUCGAAAGACUGUUGUCCUGCCAAGUUGCAACGUUAGCUGGGAGGAAUGGUUCGAGGGAGCCAUAACAAUGACUGGGCCGAUAGUAUCGCUGUUCCUCAAGUUCUAUUGGACAUUCUGGGAAAGGCGAGCGAAUGUACCGGCCGACGCUAUCGACUCCGUCGUGACUACCGCAGAGUUUGAUGCGGCAUAUGCGGCGACCGGCGCCAAUCAGCAUGCAGCCAUACAUUCUCAGAGCACCCCUACCUUCUUCCUUCCGAGUCCACACCGGCGAAAUCCAAAUUUCCAGCCCUUCAGAAUCGUCAGCCCCCCAGCAACACCACUGAACGCCUUCUUGAUGACACUUUUCGCGAAGGCAGAACGGAACAUACGCAUUCAAACACCGAAUAUCACUGCGCCCCCAGUCUUGUCUGCACUUGUUGAAGCUCUCGCUCGCGGUAUCGACGUCGCAAUCCUGACGUCUGCUCGACUCAUGACAUUAGAGCAGCUUGUUACAGCCGGUACCACAACGUCUCGUUGUGUCAAAACACUGAUCAAACGAUACAACUCACUUAAUUCGCUGGCUUUAUCAAGGCCAUACGAUGAAGAAGCAGCGAUAACUCCUGCCAAGGUUGGCAAACUCUGCAUCUCGUACUUUGAGCCACGGCACAGUCAUCAGAGGAAUGAAGAGCGGGGUGAACCACAGCAGAGUCAUCUGAAGAUGACAAUUGUCGAUGGCGAGGUGCUGGUGCUCGGCAGCGGCAAUCUGGAUCGUGCAAGUUGGUUCACGAGUCAAGAGUUGGGCGUUGCGUUCUUUGGAACAGAUGUAGUGCAGAGGGUGGAAGACACGGUCGACAGAGCAAUGGAGGGGAGAAGUAGGGUCGUGUUCGACAGCGAAACUUGCUGA